AUGGUAUAUGGUGAAAAGUAUAGGCAUAAGGGCUAUAAGAACGACCGGCACGCGUAUUCUCGCGGGGGCCACCAGCACGGAGGCUCAGGUUACGGCGAAUACAACGGUUCGCGAGGGAAGGGUGAUGAAGUGAAUAGUUAUCUGAAUUCAGGGCUGUCGACUCCGCGAUAUAACGGGCAUAACGGGCACAGCGGGCACAGCGGGCAUGGUCGAAGUAGCGAUCAUGAUCGGCAUUUGCGAGAUGGCAGAAACCACUCUGGCCGAAGGCGAUGGCAGAACCCUCCAGAGUCCUCUGGCAAAAACACACCGGUUUCAAACACCAGCGAUUACCUACUGGCAGACCCUCUCUACUUGAGUGGCACCGACACCAGAACCGGUGUGAAUAAAAGGGAUGCAGACUUCCCCAAACUAGCACACCAUGAGGAGUAUACUAAAACACUAAUAGCUUCUUCUCACACAGCAGACGAAACGACAACGACUUUGAAAACUUAUAAAGUAGUAUACGACCCUGAACUCGAUGACACCUUGACAAGGCUGGAAAAAAAGUCCAAGACCAAGAAAAUCAGAUUCAAAGGAGAUAGUUUUAGCGAAGAUGUAGCCGAUCCUCGCCAGCCGUGGAGCCAAUAUCUACACAAGCCAAAUAAAAAAUCCAGCAAAUUCCCAUUUAAACAAUUGCCCCAGGCAAAAUUCACUUUUGAUGAAGAUUCGUUGGGCCCGGCACCACUCACAACCGUUGUUAUUUGGGAUCUUCCCGCAAGCAUCAACGAGGCAUACUUGCGGAAUUUCUUGCGCAGUUACGGAUCCAUCGAUGAAGUCAACAUGAUCAACGACCCCAACAACGCCGUGCCCUUGGGAGUAGCGACAUUUAAAUACCAAGGCAGUCCCGAGAAAGCCAGCGAAUUGGCUUCCAAGUUUGUCAAAGUGGUGGCAGCUGAGCUAGUAAAGAUUGACGGCAAGCCACUCAAAGUUGGCCUCAAUGACUCUGAAGAUACAUUGUUGAGCCAAAAAGUCAACAUUGCCCGGGGAAAGAUAAUCAACCAAAGGCUUAAAAGGGAGCAAGAAGAGGAGAAGCGACGAAUCAAGCUUUUGGAAGAACAAAAGAAGCAAGAGGAGAUUGCCAAGAGGGAGGAGGAGUUGAGGAAGAAGGAGGAAGAAGAAGAGGCAAAGAGAGUGGCGGCUAGUCUCAAGUACAAACCCAAUACAACUUUGCUUUCGUCAAGACAUAACAAUAUGGUCGAAAGGGGAAUUUUUUUACCGGCGGAAUUGACCAAAUACGUCAAGAAUAGACCGUACUUAUUGAUACGAGAUAAGUAUGUGCCCACCACAAAAGUGUCAUCUCAUGAUUUAAAGAAACUCUUGAAAAAAUAUGACUGGACCCGAGUUUUAUCCGACAAGACGGGUUUUUAUUUGGUGUUUAACUCAUUGAGAGAGUGCCGACGAUGCUUUGAAAAAGAAGACUGCAGAAAGUUUUUCGAGUACAAGCUUGUUAUGGAGUUGGCAGUGCCCGAGGGCUUUGUCGAACUGACCACGGCAGAUGAUCUAGGAAACGACGUCAUCGACGAGGCGUCCAACAUUUUGAUCAAGGAGUUUGAGUCGUACCUAGUCAAGGACAUUCGAGAGCGAAUCAUAGCACCACAGAUUUUAAAGUAUUUGGACCAUGGCAAUUAUCCAACCAUCGUAGAGGAGCUCAAGAGAAAAGAGCAAGAAAUAAAGGCCAAAGCAGUUAGCUCAAACGACCAGAUCAAGUUGAAUGCCAUGUCAUAUUUAGAGAAGCGCAAGAAUUUUGCCGCUAGUCAAAAACCCAAUCGCUCCCAGUUUGGUGAUCGACAUAGAACUCAAUUUGGACGGAGGAAAGGAGCGGUCAUUCCUAUGCUGCAUGCCCUCAAUCUUGAUGAUGAUGAUGAUGAAGAUGAAGAGGAAGAUGAAGAUGCAGAGUCGGAGGAGGAAAGUGAUGACGACAAGACAACUAGCCGGUCUGUAACUCCCGUUGCUCAGCCCAUGAAAAGGGCACGUAGUUCAACUGCAACGAGCGUCAACGAUGAAGAUCUUCUGGAGCCAGAGCUGAAGCGACCGAAACUUGAGGAAACUCGCGAGAUCUUAUCAGAGGAGGACAAGUUAGACAAAUUGCUUGAAAGUAAAGCCGACAAAGAGCUUAGCGAGGCUAUGGAGGACAAGUCUAGGGCUAAAGCUGUGGUGGAGAUCAAAUCUGAUGCGAGAUUUGAGCCCACAACUGGUGGUCCGAGAACGGUGUAUCCAGAAUAUUAUCAAUCGAACUACUUGGAAUUGGCCACUCUUCAGGACAGCAUCAGAGACUUGGAGGAUCUUGAACUUGCAAAAAGCGUUUUGGCUGACACACCCUCAGCAGACAUUAAGAAUAUUGAGUAUUGGGCUUGGAAGUAUAGACAAGAGCAGACUUCAACCUUGAAAGAUAGAGAGCGGGAACGGGAGCACGAGGAAGACCAAGACGAAGAUAGAGAUAGAGAUGAAUAUGCCGAUGAAUAUGCCGAUGAAGAUGAAAUUGCCGAUGAAGAUGAAGAUGAAGACGAAACAACACGGUUGGAUAAAGAGUUGCCGCCACAUCUUGAAUCUAAAUCAGGAAGCUUCAAGAGUGAAGGGUUUAGGAAAAUCCCCGACCCCGACAAGGACUAUUACUUGCCUCACCGCAAGAGGGCCGAUAAGCCUAUAAAGACUGUCCAGUAUGAAGAAGACGAGGAUGAAAAGCCGGCAGAAGCCGCUAUCAAUUCCGUCCAAAGCUCGAGAGUGAAUCGAGCCAACAACAGGCGAUUUGCAGCUGAUAUAACGGCCCAGAUUGGUUCCGAAUCGGAUGUGUUGAGCUUGAAUGCGUUGACCAAGCGCAAGAAGCCAGUUACGUUUGCCAGGUCCUCAAUCCACAACUGGGGCUUGUAUGCCAUGGAGCCGAUUGCCGCCAAGGAAAUGAUUAUCGAGUACGUUGGUGAACGCAUCCGUCAGCAAGUGGCCGAGCAUCGCGAAAAAAGCUAUCUUCGCACAGGUAUCGGCUCCUCGUAUUUGUUUAGAAUCGAUGAAAACACUGUGAUUGAUGCAACCAAAAAGGGAGGAAUCGCGCGGUUUAUAAACCACUGCUGCAACCCCAGCUGCACGGCCAAAAUCAUUAAAGUUGAAGGUAAAAAGAGAAUAGUCAUUUACGCGCUUCGAGACAUUGAGGCAAAUGAAGAGUUGACCUACGAUUAUAAAUUUGAAAGGGAAACCAACGACGAUGAGCGUAUUCGAUGUUUAUGUGGUGCACCGGGCUGUAAAGGUUAUUUGAAUUGA